AUGGAAGAAAUAGAGUUACAUAUUUUAAAAAAUGAAAUAAUUAAAAUAGGUGAUAAGUUAAUUGAUAGUGAUGAUAUUUUUCAAUUAUGUGAAAGAAUAUCAAAAAGUAAAAUAAAUCAGUGUGUUGAUACUAUUUUAGAAUGUAUUUUUUAUAUGCCAAUGAAAAUAGGAAUUUAUGCAACAAUUUUGGGUAUAAUAACUAAAAAUGAUGAAAAAUUGAAAUUGCAAAUUUUAUUAAAAUUAAAUCAUAAUAUUGAAGUUUUUAUAAAAAAAAAUUUACUUCAUUGUUUGCUAUGGUUUAGAUGCAUAAUAGGAUUAAGUUGUUGUUAUUUUUUUGAUUUUAGUUACUGUUUAAAUUUAUUUAAAAAAAUAUAUGAAUUGUGUAGUGAAUUAUAUAAAGAAAAAAAAUUUAUAAAAGGAGAUAACAUUUUGUAUUUAUUUUUAAGUAAUUUUUUUUAUAUAUCUAAACAGAUAUAUGACAAACAUAAAGAUGAAUUAGAUGACUUAUUGAAUAACUGUUUUAAUUUAAUAGAAGAGAGACAACAUUGUAUAGAUAAUAUAGAUAUAGAUAAUAAUGAUAUAGCUACAAUCGAAUACAUAUACAUUUACAUUAAUAGUAUUAUUCAUAGUGAUAAUUUUUAUGAUAGAUUAUUUUAUUUAAAAGAUGCAUUAAAUAAUUAUAUACAAAAUAAUUUGAAAAGUGUAGCAACUCAUAGAUUUUAUCAAAAACAAAUAUUUCAAGAAGUAUUUUUAUAUAAUGAAAAUAACAAAGAUAAAUUUAUAUAUGAAGAUAAUAUAUUAAGUGAUAAUAUGAUCAAUAUUAACAAUCAAAGUGAUCGUAAUGAAAAAGAUAAUAAUAGUAACGAUGAUAUUAGCAAUAAUAAUAAUUUCAGUAAUAACAAUAAUGAUAAUUUGUCAUUACAUAGUUCAAAAAACAAAGAAAUGAGUUUACAAAAAAUAAUUGAAAAAUGUGUUAACAUAGAAUAUUUUGUUAAUUUUGAAUGUGAAGAAUAUAUAAGCAGUUUACAAAUAAUUUUUAGAAAAAAAGAUGAUGAUAAUAAAAAUGUACAUGAUAUAUGGUUGAUGCAAGAGCAUAUUAUGCAUAUUAUUGAUCUAUAUAAAAACAGUGUUGAUUUCAGCUCAAAAAUACUUGGUAUAUAUAUUCAAUUACAAAGUAAAUUAUAUAAUAAUGUGUUAAUAGAAUGUAUUAUAAAUAAAUUAUUAUCUUCUUUUAAUGAAAAAGAUUAUUAUUUUUACAUAUCGUUAAUUCAUAGAUUAUUAUUAAUAAAUAAAAAUUUAGGAAGUGUAAUUAUUAGAUGUAUUAAAUAUAUUUUAAAACAAAUAGGGAAAUUAGAUAAUGAAUCUUUUUAUUUAUUUAUGGAAUUAUGUAUUUAUAUGUUAUCCUUCUUUGUAUAUGAAAAUAAAUUAUUGAAAAAUAAAGAAAAUUUUUUUAAAAGAAAAUUUAAUGAUAUGAAUAAAAUUUUGAAGGUUCAAGAAGAAAAAAUGCACAAAUUGGAUAAUGAAUUAGCAAAAGAAAAGGAAGAAUUAAGUGGAGGAAAAAAAAGAAAAACAGAAGAAUUAGUUGAUAUAGAAGUUAAAGAACAAAUAGAUGAAGAGGAAAAAAUUGAAGAAAAAUCUUCAAUAAAUUCUAGUAAUAUAAAAAGAAAUCAAGUUGUACUAACAAAAAAUGAAAGGACAUUGAAUGAAUUAAAAAAUAGUGAUUGCAAAAUUCCCUUUUGUAUUGAAGCUGAUGUGAAGUAUAGUUCGGAUGAAGAUAAUAAUUGUGAUGAAAAUGAUAAAGAAAAAGAGGAAUAUGAUUAUGAUGAAAGUGAUAAUGAUGAAAACGACAAUAAUGAAAUAGAAAUUGAUUUUGAUUUUUCUAUUUUCAAGGAAGAAUUAGAAAAAUUAGAAAUAGGAGAUAAUUUAAAAAAAUUUACAAAUUUAAUAUAUAAUGUGAAAAAGAAAUAUCAUAAAAAGUGGACUAGAAAUUUAUAUUUUAAAUCUUGUUCAUUAGUUUAUAAAAAUGAAGUUGAAAAUUUACUUCCAAAAGUUGUUAUAAAUUACUGUAAUAAAUUUAAAUGUUCUAAUGAUAAAAAACAUGAAGAUUUUUAUGAAUUUUCUAUUUUUAAUGAAAUAUUAAAAUUUUGUUUUGAUGAAAUUAAUAACAUCGAAGAUCAAAAUUAUGAUAUACAAAAAGAAGAUAACACAGAAAGCUCCAUAAGUACAUUCAAAAAUCAAAUUAAUGCAUUCAUUCAAUGUUUUAUGAAUUAUUUAAGUGAAAAACCUCACUUAAACAAAAUUCCUCCCUUUUUUGAAAAUAUAAAAAAAAAUAUUGAUAAAUUAUAUGGAAUAUCAAAGGAUAACCUAGAUGUAAAUAUAUUUGACAGUCAUAUUUUUGAAAAGGAUUUCUAUGGAAAUUCUAUUCUCUGGAAUAGAUAUGAUAUUUUAAUCCUUUUUUUUAAGUCACUAAUAUUUUUUGAUUUAUCAAAUGUUUCAUCUUUAAAAAAAGUUUUUAAUAAUCACUCAGUCAUAUUUUUAAAUUAUAAAAAUUCAGAUUGUUUUCAAUCGGAAGAUGAUAAAAAACAAUUUGAUAUAGAAAUAAUAAAUAUUGUUUAUACAUAUUUUAACAAUUCUGUUCUUUUAAAUGUGAUUGUUAAUAUUUUGGUUGAAAACCAAAUAGUUAAUGAGUUAUCUGUUAUUCAUUUUAUUUUUAAUAAAUUAGACGAUUCUAACUUAGAUGAAUAUUAUGUUUUACGCUUAAUUUAUGAGAGUAUAGAUAAUUUGAUUACAAAAAAAGAAUCUAAUGAUAUGGAAAAAAAUAAAUUGAAAAGGAAACAAACUAAAAAUGAAAAUGAAGCAUUAAUAAAACAAUUAGAAGAUAAUAAAAAUCAAUUAGUUCAAAAAAUUUUUCACUUAACAAAUGAAACAAUUAUUAUGUUAUGCCAUAAAAUGAUGAAAUUAAAAAAUGAAAAUAAUUCAUAUAUGAGUAAAGAGUUAUUAAAAGAAUCAUUAGUAUUUCUAAGAACUUAUCUUGAAUAUGUAGAUGUAGAUCAAUUUUUACAAUUAUGCCAUGAAAACAACUUUGAAUCAGAAUUAUUAGAAUUAGCAACUAUAUUUAAAUAUGCAAGUUUAAAAAGAAGAAAAGAGAAAAAUGAUUAUAAAUUCUAA